UUACCUGUGCCCAAAUCCCUGAGAAACACCGGAAACACCGGACAACCGACGGCAUUCUUUUGACAACUCUCCUUUUUUUCCUUGGUUACCAUCACAAGUUCUUUUCUUGCGAACAUUUGCUCUAGCUAUAAGCAAGAGCGCGCGAUGAUUCAAUCGUUCAAUUCCGUUGCCAGUACCUGCUGUCUUGCGUCCAUCUCGUCCUUAAAGCCCUCGAGCAUGUGCCUGACGGGCGAUUCAAUCUUGAGCAAUUGAGAGGGCAGUUUUGGUGCAUUACAUCGCCGCUUCGUUUGCUCCGCCAUGCAAGGGACCUCGAAGGGUUCCUUGAAUUUCAAAGGAAACAGAUUUUGCACCUAACCUGCUCAUGGUUUGCGUGCACACUAUACAUCACUCAUACCUAUUGCUGAAGUUAUGCACGAGUAGAAGUCCGACAACGUUGCGCAUGUUACUCGCGCCGCAAACGUUGAGGCUGCAUUUAGCAAGGUAAAAAGUCCUGUGCUCUCUCCAGGCUGUCCCGUUCAGCCAGUUACCGUUGAAGUCAUGUUCGGCAUACAAGAUCAGCGACGCAUCGACCGUGCGGGCACACAAGGGAUCAAUCUGUGCCAAAGCAGUCAAAAUCGCUCCACAAGGCCACCCUGAGGGGUUUGCUCCAUGUGUUUUCUGGUGUCUACCUUCUUCGGAUCGUCAUGGAGGAGAUGCAGAAAGUGCUCCGCAACGGAAUCCUUCUUGCUCGUUCCUGUGUGCGACGACCCCCUUGCUCAGUCUGCCUUCAUCCUUCUCGCGUACCGGUGUCGAUCCGCUUUCCAAAGUGGCUGAAGUGGUACCUGCAACGUUACCUCCGUCUGGGCGCUGUGUUUUCUUUCCCACCCUUUCUGCCUACCAGUAAAAGAGCAUGGAUGCGUAGCACGAUAUCAGACGGAUGGCAAUGUUCACUUGCUGCUCGUUUGGGUGUGUCUCUGGCUCAAACGUCCCCAACGUAGAGCAUCCUGUUCGCAGAACGUCCUUUCACCAGAACAAUGAAAAAAGGCUGAUAAGAAAAUCCUGGUUUUGCUCGUAGCCCGCCUACCAUAGGAUGAGCAUCCCUGGGGAGCUGUUCGAGCACUGUUCUCAAAGGCACCGGCAGGGCCCUGCAGGUGCCCAACGUGCAGAAACGUCAGACGAGGUGGAAAUCGCCGCUAUUGAUCUCAUUCACCGGUUGGCUGCUAUUGUGUCUUGAAAGGAGUGUAACUGUGUCCGAGUAGGGAGUUCCUUGAAGAGGAGAAGGUAUGCGACCUCUUCGAACGUACACUGGGAGCACAAAUCCUCAAUGGCAUACCCUGGAGGGACAUCAAUCAUCCAACUUGUCGCUCGCUGUCCUCGCGGCCUGCCCUUACCUCUGUACGUGAGGCCAGUGCCUUUGAGACCCACAGUCGAUAUCGAACUCUUCCCAGCAAUGACUCCUGCAAGUCCCUUAGAGUAGGAAUCAGCUGCCGUGCUGUUCAUCCGCACUCCGAGAGGCAAUCGAGUCGCCAACGGCAACAAGCGGCGCAACAUGAGCCUCUCUCACGCUGGAGGAGCGAGCUAGAACUGCACACGGAGGGUUGAUUCAGGCGUGGACGCUAAGAUCAAACACCUUGCCGCACAGGCUUGCCAGGCAACGAAGGCAGGGAGGAAGGAACGAAUCUUCGGCAUUGAUUCGAU